AUGGCAUCAUACCAUAAUGCUCAAGUUAAGUUACUAAAGACACGUCCGCUGGCUGAGGGAGGAGUGCUUGAGGAAACACGCCUCUUCUCAUUUAUACAACAUUACUGGAGAGACUUCAGGAGUCGGGCAGCGGCGCGCAUAAGGGCUUCGCAAACUUCCCACAACCAUUUUUUUCAUAUCAGUGAUAUUUCUUUUUUAAUUUUCUGGACUUACACAACUGCAGAAAUGACUCUACCAUACUCCCAAAGCGUGACAACACUUAAAAGCGUGACCGUCGGGGAACCGAGCACACAGACUGUCUUUACAUCCACUCCUGUCGGGUUAAGCGAAGGUUCGACGACUUACCGAACGGUAAACCUCGGUGGAGCUCAGCUGCAGCCAUCAAGUCCUAUCGGGAUAAGCGAUGGUUCGACGACUUACCGAACGGUAAACCUCGGUGGAGCUCAGCUGCAGCCGGUCCAAUACAUUAACAGCCAAAUGGAGGGGAACGUGAUGUACGGGGGCGCGCGUUACCUGGUGCCCGUGCAGCAGCGGCCCGCGGAGUCAUUAGUGUACCUGAGUCAGGCGCAGGCGCCGCGCGUCAUGCAACAAGUGUACUUACAGAACGUUCAGCCCAUGAGCGUUAGCAGCGUCGACGAGACCGACGUCUACAGACAAGUAAACAUAAAUGGACAAACGUCUUUCUACAGCCAGUUAUCCAGUCCAGUCAAGAGCCCUGAACCAUCUGAGUCGGAGUUGGUGGAGAGUUCAAGCAUUCGGGAGGAAGUCGUGGACUUAAGAGAAAUAAAGAAUGGCUUCUCAAGUGAGAUCAAGACCGAGGUAAUCGAGGUGGAACCGGUCGCCAAGCUGGACAACCGCUUCUUUGGUGAGCUUCUUGCCGAGGUUUACCGCAAGAACUCCGAUAUUCACACCUGCAUCUCUGAGCAUGUAGCGAAGAUCCGGGGAAGGAAACACCUUCUGGACCCCACCAUUGACUACAAGGUGGAAAAAGAAGAAAUAGAGAGUCUUAUUCCUAAAGGAGUGUCUGAACUGACUAAGCAACAGAUCCGCUACCUGCUGCAGACUCGUGUGACAGCUGAUAAGACCAUGCGUCUGUUGAUGGCCACGUUCAGCAGUCUGCGAGAGGAGCUAGUGCAUAUGCAGGAGGAUCUGAGGCGUCUGGAGAGUGAGAAGGAGGAGCUGGAGAGAGAUCUAAGCUUUAAGGCAGAUCAGGCUCUGCAAUAUGACAGACUACUGGAGACCGUACGUGAGCACAACAGACAACUGCAGGCGGCUGUGAAGGAAAGUAACAAUGCUCAACGUACUCUAGAAAGUCAGCUAAUGACCUUCCAGAGCAAAGACCCCAGCAAAGACUUCCGUAUCAAAGAACUGGAGGGCAGCAAAAGAGCCCUGGAGCAGGAGAAUGAGCUACUCAGGAAGAAGUUGGCAGGGCAGUGCAGUAGCUCCACCAUCCAAAUCAAAACACAGGAGCUGUCUAGAGAGUACGAACAGAUGCUGAAUGAUCUACGGGAAGAGAAGGACAAAGAACUCAAGAACCUGCGGACUCAGCUUAUAAAAAUCCAGACCGAGCGCACCAUAACACACACCACUGACAGCACCUUGGAACUGCGCAUCACUGAGCUCCUGUCCAAACUGGAGCAACGUGAAAGCGUCAUCAGACACCAGGAGGAGGAGAUCAAGCGACUCAAACAGCAGAAGGUUGACAACUCCAGCAGUACGACGAGGACUGUUGUUACCAAGAGAUACAUGAACCAGUACCCUAUACUGGGUCUGCUGAGUGACGAUUACCAGUACACACCACCCAUUAAAGAGGACAGGACCGUCGUCAUUGAGAGAACAGGAGAGGUCACCACACGACUAAUCUAGAUUGAAUCAACAGGAAGAAGAAGAUUUAGAGGCCUCUGCGUUUUCUCUGUCCAAAUCUUAUUCUCUCCCUCUCUCCCUGCAUGCCGCCCUCUUCCCAGUGGCUCCUAUCGGUGAUGGUGGCGCUGACUUUUAGUGUUUAGGCUUUAGAAUUGGAUAAUGCCGUAUGGAGUAUGAACCAAGAAAAGCAUUUAAUGACACAAAAUCUUCCAGAAACAUAUUGUUUAUUACGAUAUAGCAUGACUACUGAUAUUUGUGUGUCAUCUCUUCAUAUGAUGUACCACAACCUCUAGUCAACACUACUGUAAGGAUGUAAAUAUUUGGAGAGAAAUGACUUGCAAGUAUCAUAAACCAUGACUGGAAUGAAAGUAAAGCAUUGUCAGUAAUGUAAAAGGUGA